GUCAUCAUUCAUUCAUUCAUUUUCUUCGCUCGUCUCGCGUGGGUUUUGUUUUUAUUUAAAAAUUCGUAGUUUGUUCUAAAAUAAACUUACAUAAUGAGUGAAGAAUUAAAACUUGAGUCCUUGGCUGUACAGCUUUUUGAAAUAAAUGCCAUAAAGUUUGGCGAAUUCACGACUAAAAGUGGAUUAACUACACCGGUUUAUUUUGAUUUGAGGGUUAUAGUUAGUUAUCCUGAUGUGAUGCAAAUAAUAUCUCGCCUCAUACAAGAUCAUGCCCUAGAAGGCAGUAAAUGUGAUCAUUUGUGUGGUGUACCUUACACAGCUUUGCCGAUAGCCACAUUGCUGAGUGUAGAGGCCAAGAUACCUAUGCUGAUGAGGCGUAAGGAGGCCAAAGCUUAUGGUACAAAGAAAAUGAUUGAAGGUCAUUACAAAGCGGGCCAGAAGUGCCUCAUUAUUGAAGAUGUAGUGACAUCAGGCUCCAGCGUGCUGGAAACUGUAAAAGACCUUCGUAGAGAAGGCUUGGUAGCCCAAGAAGCUAUUAUCAUCCUGGACCGAGAACAAGGUGGACGGGAGAACCUUGCUGCAAAUGACGUAUCUGUAAAAUCAUUGUUCACAAUGACAAAUUUAAUUAAUAUAUUGCUGAAGAAUAAAAAGAUUGACAAGGAUAUGGCUCUUAAGGUUCAAGAUUAUCUUCAAAAUACAAAAGCACCAACUUCAGAGAAACCUAAAGACCGCACACACCUCACAUUUGAGAAAAGGGCAGAAUUAGCAACCAAUGAAAUUGCUAAGCAGCUGUUUGAUGUUAUGGCAACAAAGAAAACCAAUCUUUGUGUGUCUGUUGACUUAACUACAACCACAAGUAUAUUGGAUUUGUUGGAAAAAGUUGGUGAACAUGUGUGUUUAGUGAAGACACAUGCUGAUAUUAUUGAAGACUUCAGUACGGACUUCAUAACCAGUCUUAAAAGUUUGGCAAAAAGAUUCAACUUUCUUAUAUUGGAAGAUAGAAAGUACGCAGAUAUUGGAAAUACUGUAUCUUUGCAGUAUGCAAAAGGAUUGCAUAAAGUUUCAGAGUGGGCUGAUUGUAUAACCGCACAUUCUUUGCCUGGAGAGGGAAUUCUUAAAGCCAUCAAUGGGGCAACCAACGGUGUUAGCCAAGGAGUAUUUUUAUUGGCAGAGAUGAGUAGUGAGGGAAAUCUUAUCACACCAGAGUACACAGAGAAAACAGUCAGUAUGGCUUCAAAUUAUCUGAAUUUGAUUUGUGGAUUUGUUUGUCAGAACAAAAAUACUUUCAAUCAACCAGGUCUAAUACAAUUGACUCCAGGAGUGCAGCUGGAAAGCACCAAAGACGAUCUGGGCCAGGUGUACAACACUCCAGAGAAGGUAAUGCUGGAGAAAGGCGCAGACGUCGUGGUUGUGGGCCGAGGCAUUCUGUCUGCAAAGAACCCCGCUGCUGAGGCACUGGUCUACAAAGAGGCUCUAUGGAAAAACUACCUCAAGAGAGUGUCUGGAAAAAUGGAAUAAUGAAAGAGUAUUUUAAAUGAUUUAAGAAGUACAAGACAGCAUUGUCUUUAGCAAAAAAUUAUGAAUGGACAUUUUGCCUCA